UUCCUUAUAAUAUGAUAUGAUAUCUUCUCCUCGUGCGCCAAUGAAAUCAAAACAAGGUUACAGUAACAGUGUUCGGUAUCCGUGACUCCACGCCCAGCCGGAGCAGCUCUCUCCUCUCGUAACGGAAGACUGCCAUAUAGGAACUGAAAGAGAGAAACACUGAUGCUGGGCCGCCCUGCUGUCAGUACAACGGCACACACACACACACAUAGAGAGAGAAAGAGCGCGCGGAGAACAGCGUGUGUACGGUGACCGAGAGCGCACGGGCAGAGCGGCUGGUGAUUUAACCCGCGUCUCCAGGCAACCGGCCCGUCUGGAGGACCAUCAUCCUCCCGUUCAGCACAGCUGCACCGGGACCGUGUUAUAGUAAAUAUCCGGUGCAUCAUUCCAUCAAUGAGCUCCGGUAUGGACUAGCGGCUUUAUUCAUACAGCAGCGCACGGCGGAGCGUCUGUUUGUCGGUAACAUGCCGCAGAAAUCCUAAAAGGAGACCUCGCCGUUCAGUCCGGAUUGUUUUUGUUCUCGUGGAUUAAACUUGUGUCCGGGAUGGGGAAGGAGCAGGAGCUGCUGGAGGCGGCGCGGACCGGGAAUGUGGGGCUGGUGGAGAAGCUGUUGAGUGGGAAGAAAGGAUUGCUGGGCUCGGGCUCCGGCUCCAUACCUCUGCCCGGGUUACUCAGUAUGUGGAGAGGCGUCAAUGUGAACUGUGCUGAUGGCUCAGGGUACACACCUCUGCACCACGCGUCUCUGAACGGGCACAGGGAUGUGGUGUUGAAGUUGUUGCAGUUUGAAGCCUCCACUAAUGUGGCAGACAGUAAGGGCUGUUUUCCUCUGCAUCUGGCCGCAUGGAGAGGUGACGUGGACAUAGUCCAGAUACUGAUCCACCACGGGCCGUCCCAUAGCAGAGUUAAUGAGCAGAACCUUGAAAAGGAGACAGCGCUGCAUUGUGCGGCUCAGUACGGUCACUCUGAGGUGGUCCGUGUUUUGCUUCAGGAGCUGACGGACCCUAGCAUGAGGAACAGUCGAGGAGAAACACCGCUGGACCUGGCCGCCCUGUACGGCCGCCUGCAGGUGGUCCGAAUGCUGCUGACCGCCCACCCCAACCUUAUGAGUUGCAAUAUACGCAAGCACACACCUCUACAUCUGGCUGCACGAAAUGGCCAUCACGCAACCGUUCGAGUGCUGCUGGAGGCCGACAUGGACGUUAACACACAGACAGAGAAAGGUAGCGCUCUCCACGAAGCCGCUCUCUUUGGAAAGAUGGAUGUAGUUCAGCUACUGCUCGACUCAGGGAUUGAUGCCAACAUCAGAGAUUGCCAAGGAAGAACUGCUCUAGACAUUCUAAGAGAACAUCCCUCUCAGAAAUCACAACAAAUUGCUUCUCUCAUUCACGAUUAUAUGAUGUCGGAUUGUGACAAAGGGAUUUUUCAUGAAGAUUUAGCCCGUCAGCGUCCAAUACCGACACCACGCACGUCAAUACCUUCACCUGUGCCCUCCCCAUCUCUACGGCAUAAAAAUGACGCAGUAACAGGGGAGUUGUCCAAGUUGCUGAAUGAAAUAAAGAUCUGCCGUGAUAAGGAUUGUUCCUUUGAGGAGCUGUGUCAGACCAUUUCUUCUCACUCUCAGUCCAUGGAGAGUUUCGGCAGUGGGCGGCUGUCUGACGAGGACCGGAACGGCACUCUCACUCGAAUAAACAAGCGGCCCACUCCCCCGUUGCCACCAGCGAUGGAAGAGGAGGAAAAGAGUUGCGGACCAUCAGGCCUGUGGGAGGCGCUCACUCCCUGCAACGGCUGCAGAAACCUGGGCUUUUCUCAGGACAAGCGAUGUGCUGAAAUUGCCCAUUCUCCAUCACUGGAUGUGUUUUUACCAGAAGAUGAGGACAACCCUUAUGAGUCAGUGGCUACAGCUGUCACACGCAAACCCUGCUCUCUGGACAUCCAGCUCCACAACGCCUGCCCUCGCAACGGCCAUUUCUCACAUGUGUCGGUCAGUGAUGCAGAGCGAGGUAACCAUGGUGACGACUCUACUCUGACUCCUGACUGCUCGCCUCCUUCACCUGAUACGGCCCUGAGGAACAUCGAGAGAGUCAUCCGCCCCCAGCCAAAGCAACGGACCUCACUGUCCUCCUCCCAGGACGUCCAGAAACCCCUGCAGAACCACAGCGGUGAUCCUUCGGAGGUCAGUUCAUCACUUGGCUACGCUAGUUUCAGCAACAGCCCACCCGGCAGCCCCCCCAUCAGCCCCGCCAACUGCUCCAUCGGAUCCGCUGAAGACUACGGCCUCACUGACGAGUCAGCGCACCAGAAGGAGUGCAUAGAGCGAGACGACAGAAGAAACAGCCACGUUCCCGAGCAGUUCGCCGGCCUCCUUCACGGUUCGUCUCCUGCCUGUGAAUCCCCUGACAACCCUUAUCAACUCUACGGCAAAGUGAGAAAGUUCGGCGUUCCUGAGCCUCCGCUCCGGCACGGGAAUUUUCUCAGGGCGCCCGAGUUUUCGCCCCCGUUCCCUCGCACGGGCAGCGAGGCGUCUGCCCUUAAGACCCAGAAAGAAGCAAAACCGCAGAUAGUCUACAGGACGAUUUUUCACACCCGGGUCAACCAGGGCCCACUAACACCUACCGAAUCGGGCGAUAAGACCGUCGGGGUGCAUGUGAGGAACGGGGAGGUCCGAAGCAAAAACUCGGGCAGCUCUAGCCCAGCAAGCAGCAGUACCGGCUACGAGGAAAGAGCCUGCACUCUUGGGAGGAUGAGGUCCAUGCCCAAAAACAUUUUGGACCUUCAGCUGUCCAGAAAUUUCUCCAAAUCUGACUCAAACUUAGUGGCCGUGUCUCCCAUCGAAGAGGAGCAGUGGAGUUCCAGGGGGCAGAACAGCCCUGGUAAAAGCAGCCCCAACAGACUAGAGAGAACCCCCUCCUUUACGGCAGAGUGGGAAGAGAUUGACAAGAUUAUGAGCUCCAUAGGUGCUGGAAUUGGCACAGAGUUGGAGGGGAUUACUGAGGAUCAUUCAGGCCCCCGCUGCCCCGUCCAGUCUGUGGGACAAUGGUUGGACAACAUCGGUCUCGUGCAGUAUGAAAACCAUCUGCUGUCUAACGGCUUCGACAACGUUCAGUUUAUGGGUAGUAAUGUCGUGGAGGACCAGGACCUGCUAGAGAUCGGGAUUUUAAACUCUGCCCACAGACAGCGACUUCUUCAGGCUAUUCGCCUGCUGCCCAGGGUGCGGCCUAUUGGUUAUGAUGGAAAUAACCCCACCUCAGUGGCCGAAUGGCUGGAGUCUCUGGAGCUGGGCGACUAUACCAAGUCUUUCCUCAUCAAUGGCUACACCUCCAUGGAGCUGGUCAAGAAGAUCUGGGAGAUCGAGCUCAUUAAUGUUCUUAAGAUUAAUUUAAUCGGCCACAGGAAAAGAAUACUCGCUUCACUUGGAGAUCGACUGCACGAAGACCCUCCACAGAAACCUCCACGGGCCAUCUCUCUAAGGGAGCCCACCGGGAACCACACUCCACCUCAGCUGUCCCCGUCUCUGAGUCAGGCCUACCCCAACGCCGGCUCCCUGGACGUCCAGCAUCUCAUCAUGCAGGCCGACGCCAGACGCAGACGCAACGACAACUACUUUGAGGACGUGCCGCGCUCCAAACUCGAGAGACAGAUGGCACAAGUCAGUAUGCAAGGGGAAUGGUGCGAGCCAAUCACGUUACGGCCUCCGAACGAGGCGACGUCAUCUACGCCGGUGCAGUACUGGCAGCACCAUCCUGAGAAGCUUAUAUUCCAGUCAUGUGACUACGAAGCAUAUUAUCUGGGCUCUAUAUUGGUGAAGGAGUUGCGCGGUACAGAGUCCACGCACGAUGCCUGCGCAAAAAUGAGGAAGUCUACAGAACAGAUGAAGAAGAUCCCCACCAUAGUACUGUCUGUCUCCUAUAAGGGCGUCAAGUUCAUCGAUGCAACUAACAAGAAUAUUAUAGCAGAGCAUGAGAUCAGGAAUAUCUCGUGUGCCGCGCAGGACCCUGAAGAUCUGUCUACGUUUGCGUACAUCACCAAGGACCUGAAAUCCAGCCAUCAUUACUGCCAUGUGUUUACAGCUUUUGAUGUGAAUCUGGCCUAUGAGAUUAUCUUGACGUUAGGCCAGGCGUUUGAGGUGGCGUAUCAGUUGGCCCUCCAGGCCAGAAAGAGCGGCCACGGGUCAUCCACUCUGCCUGAAAGCUUCGACAGCAAACCAUCCAAACCUGUCCCUAAACCUCGCGUCAACAUACGCAAGUCUAUGGAGCAGCCCUCAAUGGAUCAAAAGGGCCACGCCAACGUCCCUUGGAUAGUCGAGCCAGGACAGGAAGCCAAAAGAGGAGCCAACACCAAGUAUGAGACCACUAUUUUCUAAUAUACACCCAAAAUACUGUCCACUCCUGUGUGUGUGCCUUACAGAGAGCGCCCUCUAGAGGCCCCCCACGGAGCCACGGGCCCAGUGACCUGUGACAAGCCCGCGUCUCUCCGCCCGGCCAAGCCCGCCCGUUUACCGUGGCUUCUGCAUGAUGACGCUGCCGCUGUCUUUUCUCUCCUUCGAUCUUUUGCCCCUCUUUUUCUUUGUCUUUCUCUCUAUCUCUAUCUCUUGAUCUCACUCGCCCCCCCCACCCCCACCUCUCUGGCCGCAGCACGAUACGGGAAGGUCCCGCUCAGCCCUCAGGGCCGCCACGCUGCCGAUCCUCCUCCAAAACACACAAAAAAGUGUUGCAAGCGAUUGUUUUUCAUUCAGUUUUUCCCCCUCUCCUCUUUUGAUUUCUCCUCCCCUCCGUUCCUCGCUAUUCUCUCCUCGGCUUCUUCGGGAAGCGCCUCUCCAGCCUUUCCCCACCGCCCCCCUCGACUGCUUGAAUGACAACUUAAAACCGUAAUGCUGCUACAAGCCUUAUAAACACACUUGUUGUUUUUAGAGUCGGGAUUUGCUUUCUUUCUUUCUUUCUGACUAGACAGCGUAGGGUUAGCGAGGCGAGAGGGAUUUUUGGGAGGCGGGGCAUCCGAAACGGCUGGCAUAGAAGCGGAGAUUGGACUUCACACGAAGGACAUUUUGCUUGUGUUGUUUCUUUCGUCUCGUAGCGAAGUUUUAAUUUUUAGUACCAGAAAAAAAAAUAAGUCUGCUGUAAUUGAUACCCCCUCAUUCAGGGGAGAUUUUUUUUUUUUUUUUCUUAAACAGCACACAAGCUUGUUGUAGUCAGUCGAAGCAUAAAAACUAAUUUGUGGACGCAGAAGUUUGUCAGAUAGCAUUUAGCGAAGGCUUGCUUUACGACGAGACACAACCGCCAAAAAUUGUCUCUCGAAUCGCGCGUAUUCCUUACUUUCCGAAAUUUUUUCCCGUCGUAUUUUCUUUCUUUCUUUCUUUCCCUUUUUUUUUGCUUUUGCCUGUGAACGAAAACCCGAGCCAGUCCUGAGACAUGCAGUGUAGUUGAUGGAAAGCAUGCAGUCCGUGUGAACUGGAGAAGGGGGGGCUUUUUUUUUGAUGGACACUUUGGAUAAGUGAUGUGAUUUCAUUCACAGGGCAAUGGCGGACGCCCAUGUCUAUUACAGUGGAAUUCAGAGAAUGUAGCCUGCCCCUAACAUGGACCCUCACUCUCACACGCAUUGCAAAAACGGACCGCAAAUACGGAACCUAAAAGCGUCACCGGAGCUCGUAUCGCACUUGUAAGGAUUCGCACGAGGACUUUUUCGUCUGGGACUUGCCGUACGCGUACAAGGACCGCCGACGUGGACCCGUGGCCUUUUAACGAAACACUCGCAUGCAUUCGCACACACACACUGCAUAAAAAAAACAACGGGAGGAGACAGUGGAAUCGGAACGUGCACUUUUCAAGAAUCGCGUUCCGAAGGACGGCGGCCGACACGGAACUUUGUCGACCGGGGAAAGUCGCUACUGCGACUCGGACACACUACACUGACUUUUCACCGAAUAUCUAGUCCAUGGCAUGUCUGGACUGGGAAAAAAAAAAUGGACAUUUAUAUGAAUUGCUGUAUUUUUUUUUUUUCCUUUCUGUUUUUUCUUCCUUUCUUUAUUUGGUUUGUUUGUGGUUAUUGAUCUAAAAAUAUGAAUAUGCACAAUGUGAACGGACUCGUUGCACUGGACAACCACGAAACGGACGCGUCUCGUGCCAAAAUCACUACGGAACGUUCGCUGACGUAAUUGGCGACGCAAUGCAGAUCGAUAUUCAUUUAUUGGCAAGAAAUUUUACUGUUUAAUAGAGAACUAUGUUACCAUUACUGUAAUAUUUACAAUUAAUAUAAUUAUUCUUCUUAUCGUGCAAUUCUCGUCUGAUGUCGUCCUAACGUCACAUUAUUUUUAUAUGACGCGUCGAGCUCGAAUACGCAGCCAUCCACGAAAACAAAAAAAAUAUUAUUCUAGUAUUACAGAGGAAGCGAAUGUGCGGAUGGCUCCUGAUGAAAAUAUAAAAACAGAUGUCUUAUUUUCACUCAUUGUCACUGUAGAAUUUUGCCACAGUUCUGUAAAUAAAUAUUUUGUUGACUCAUUGUUCAUAUAUGUAAUUAAAAAAAAACAAACUAAAAAAGUGUAUAAAAAAUGACCGAAAAAAAUUGGUAAACAAGGUACCAAAUUUGAAAGUGCAACACAUUAAAACAAAACAAAGGUAUGAGCAAAGGGUGGAUUUGUGACAUCAUUGCCGACUAAUAUAAUGUGUAGAUAGGCUUGGGCUUCCAGCACACAGAUUUUGUAAGUUUGGUCUUUAUUUAUAUUCUUGCAAAGCACACGGAAUAAAUCCAGAUUGUAGAACCAUU